CUCCUGGGCCACGGAAAAGUAGCCACGGUCAUUGGAGGAGGCCGUAGCCCCCUGCUCUCUUGCGGUGCUCUGCGGUGUCGGCCCGUGUGCGGUGUUCCGGCUUUAUUCUGCCUUCCUAGUCAGUCCUGUGUCCAUCGCGUCAGAAAGAUGGUGUUCUCCCUGGAACAGCGGAUAGUGAUUGUGGAAGGCUAUGUGCGAAGCGGAUCGAUUAAGGAAACGCAAGAGGCCUUCGCCGACAGGUACUCAGGAACAAAACCACCAGCUAAACGUUGUAUUCAGAGUCUGGUUCGGAAAUGGCACCAAACCGGCUCUGUCGGAAACAUGAAGAAAUCGAGGCCUCCGUCGGUCCUGACGCCCGAAGUCGUCCGUGACAUUCAGCAGCGGAUCGCAAGUGGCCCCCGAAAAUCAACCCGGAGGCUGUCUCAGCAAGUUGGGGUAUCACGAACGACGUGUCGUCGAGUGCUGAGAUCUCUGAACCUCAAACCGUACCGGUUGACGUGUGUGCACGACCUGAAAGAGCCCGACAAAGCUAAACGCGUAAAUUACUGUAAGUGGCUGCUGACUGUGAUUACUGACGGACAUGUCAACCCACUGCUGUACUUCAUGACGGACGAAGCUUGGUUUCAUUUAUCUGGUCACGUAAAUACCCAGUGUACGAGGUACUGGUCCGCAGAAAGCCCCCACUUGACUCACGAAACACCACUUCACGACCAGAAAAUUGGCGUUUGGUGCGCGGUGUCGGGGACGCGAAUAGUGGGUCCGAUUUUCUUCGAAUCAGCUGUGAAUACCGCGGUUUACCUGGACAUCUUUGAACAAUUUUACCACCAACUAACACCAGAAGAAAAAACGUGCUGCUUUUUCCAACAGGAUGGGGCAACAUGCCACACCUCACACGACGCACUGGCGCGAGUUCAUGAACUGUUUACGGAGGAGCGAACUGUGAGCAACGGGCUAUGGCCACCGCGGUCCCCGGAUUUGUCCACAUGCGCGUUUUAUCUGUGGGGAAAGUUAAAGCAGAAAGUGUACGCCAGCAAUCCACAUACCCUGGAUGAGCUCAAGGAAAACAUCACGAACACUAUCCGCAGCAUCACUGUUGAAGAGUUACGAGCAGUAUCGGCCAACAUGCUGCGACGUGCCCAAAGGUGCAUAGACGCGAAUGGGGACCACUUUCAACAUCUGUUGUAACUUGUGGGGUUGGAGUGCCGGACGCGGGCUGCUGUUCACCCACAUGUCUGAAUCACAAAUGCAAUGCAGCCCCUAGCCAACAGGAUAAUAAGUAUGGAAGAGGAACACCCAGAUCCCCAGCUUAUUAUUUUGGCGGAUUUUAACAGAGCAAACCUCACUUAUGAAUUGCCCAAAAACAGACAUGUCAAGUUGUCAUAGCAAGGACAAAAACGCACUGGACCAUUGCUAUACUGUAAGGACACUCUGUUCCCCCUGCAGACACAGAGACAGUGUCUUCCCCCGGGCUAUUACACUCAUGAACAGCUAGUCUGUGUUUGCUCCUUUAACUUGUGCUUCUUGACUUGUAUAUAUUUUGUUUUCAUUGCUGUGCACAUGGGGGGCCCAUUGGUCUGGAGUCAAAUUCCUUGUAUUUUAGAUAAUACUUGGCAAUAAAGUUUAUGAUUAUGUUCGUUUUAUGUGGACUGUCACUGUGAUCAUAUACUGUCUGUCUUCAUUUACAUGAACGGGGUGAAAUUCUUUUUACAUGGGUAAAGGAACAGAUUCAAACUGAGACGGUGUUUCACAAACUACUAAUUCUUUUUUCAGGCCGCACUUUACUGUGUUACAGUUUUUGAGUUGUUUCUUUGUUUG